UCACCGUUGUGUUUUCCUUUUCCUUUUCCUUUUCCAUUCAUAUUCAUCUCUCUAUAAAUUUCACAUUAUUGAAAUUGAAUCCAUUGAAUCAUAUCUUGAUUGAUGACAUAAACAUUAAAGAAAAGAAAAGAAACUUCCUUAUAAUUCACCCUUUCUUGUUUCUUUAUCUUUUCCUUCUCUUGCUGUGCUGUCACCACAAAACAACAAAACCCUUUUUUUUCUCUCUCUAUCUCUAUCGCAAAUCGUUUUUUUUUUUCAUCUGGGUUUUUGUUAAAUUGGAUAAAGAUCUGGUUUUUAGGUUUGAUUUGUGUGAAAGGCUUUGUUUUUCGAUCUGGGUGGGAGGGAAAUUGGUGUGUUGUGUUGAUAAUGAGGAAAAGAGAGAGGGAAAACCCUUGUGGGGUAUGUGGGCACUAUCACAAAUAUGAAGAAGGUGAAGUUUGUCCGAUUUGUGGUCAUAGGGUUCCUGUUGGAUCGGAGAAAAGUUCGAUACAAGUUAGUGCUUUUCCUUCUGUGAUCUUGCCGGAGUUUCUUUACUUGGGGAGCUAUGAUAACGCUUCACGCUCUGAGCUUCUCAAGACUCAGGGGAUUUCACGUAUCCUCAAUACUGUCCCUUCUUGUCAGAAUCUCUACAAGAACUCGUUUACAUAUCACUGCCUCCCGGAUGACAAAAGUUUCCAAUUUGAUGAAGCAAACCAGUUUCUCGAGCAAUGUGAGAAGGAUAAGGAGCGUGUUCUGGUUCAUUGCAUGUCAGGAAAGAGUCGGUCCCCGGCUGUUGUGAUCGGCUACCUGAUGAAGUCGAGAGGAUGGAGACUCGCACAGAGUUAUCAGUGGGUAAAGGAACGCAGACCAUCCGUCGAAUUAUCCGGAGCUGCCUACCAGCAUCUACAGGAAUACGAGAAAACUCUUUUCGGAUCAGCCGGAAACUCUUUUCUUCUGCCUUCCGCUUUCUCACCUACAGCAGGGCCAUCUUCAAUUAGCUUCGGCUUCCCGAAACCCAACGAUCUACCUCCACUUCCCGCCUUUCCCGCAUUCAACUGCGCCGGAACUCCGUCAAUUUUCAGUCGAGCACCCCUCGAUAUAGCUCCUACCGAGUUCACAUUCGGAGCCGGUCAGAAUGUUACUGGAAAUCCUUUCAAUACAAAUCCACCUAAUCCGAAUCCGAAUGUUACUGAUAUUCAAAUGGAUGGAUCUUGAUUCUAAACAUUUGGAUUUAUGGUAAGGUUUAUUACAGGACCAAACAAUUAUAAGUGAACUUGUCAAUUCUAUAGUUUUUUCUUCCCAUCAUAUUUUAAAUAUUUUCAUAGUUAUCAAUCAUUAUGAUGGUUGUAAUAUUGAGUUAUAUCAAAGCUUAGUACUUUAUCAAGUUCUUUUCUUUUUUCUGUUACAAGUGAAAUUCUAUCUAUAGAAGUAUAUACAAUUAGACAAUGUUGUUGGAUU